AUGUCCGACAAUUCAGAGGCCACAUUGCUUGUGGAUGUCGUUGGGUCCGUCCAGGUGUCGAAUUACUUCGCAGCAGCGGCCAUAGGCUUGCUGGCGUACGAUUUCGCGAUCACCUUUGGACAAGAGGUCGAUCUCUUCUGGAAGCGGAAAACAACUCUAUCCUCGGCGUUGUUUAUCCUCAACCGUUACAUUCCAUUAACCGUGAACAUGAUAUUCGCGCCAUGGCCAAGUUACCCCACUUCAAUACAGACACUGGAAAUCCUCCAAUACCUUCCGUGGGCAGUAUUUGCUGGCCUAAGAGCAUACGUCUUGAGCCCUUGGAAACGCACAGCCGGCGCGAUCGUUUUUCUGCUCGCUUCCGUUCCCAUCAUCAUCAACUACAUCACCGAGGCGUGGUCGCCACCGUACGUGGACCCUCUGUUUGGGUGCUCUACUACCACCACGUUGACGGCCGAGAUGCAACAAAAAGACGCCAGAGAAAUCAAGCUCCUUGGGCAGCGGACGUCGUUGGCUUCAGUCCUCUUCCGCGAUGGUGUUCUGUAUUUCAUUACAUUAUUGGUCCUGAACGUCCUCCAUCUCGCCUUUUCUCUAGACUCCAUACUCAAUGCGAACACCACAUCCAACGCCAGCUACAUCACCAUCCUCACAGAACCGAUCACCGCAAUCCUCAUAUCACGCUUCCUGAUCGACCUACAAGAAGCGAGCAUCUAUUCGCAGAGUCAGCAUUCUCUCGCGUCCGUGGGCACUCUCGACUUCAACAGGGUCGUAGGCUCCGUCACCGCAUCGCUGCCUGCCUCCGGCGACCUCAGGACUGAGCGCAUGACGUUCACCGACACCCUCCCACAAACAAGCUCCAAUGACUUGGACGACUCAUAA